AUUACCUCAACAGAAUUAGAGUUGUAAAGAAACAUGCUUUAAAACAUUUCGAUGCUAAAAAUUGUGUACGCGGACCUUUUCAAUCAUUAAGCUAUCGGCAGGGCCAAGAUUUGUUUACACUUUACAGGGACGGGAGUCUAUGGGGACUGCUUUUAACAGCUUUACUUUGAUGGCGUCGUGUGAGUCAACUUGAAAUGUGACGUCAUUAACCCAGGGGCACGUGCAGGAAAUGAUGGAACAGUUGUUUGUUUUCUUGGUCGUCUGCCUCUACAGUGUAGCAGAUUUAAAUGCCCAGCUGUUGAGUAAUGUCACCGUGACCCCGAUUGACAGCACUAGACUGUCUGUCACGUGGACACCCCUGACCCAGUACCAGUCACGUGACUUCAACGUCACCGUCUCAACUCAGUUGCUAGGUAACGGUUACUGUGAUAACGCAACUGGACCUCAAGAAGUGAUUGGACCUGUGACGACCAAGCCCGCCACCAUCCCAGUCAACAACUUGAGGAGCUACAGCAGGUACAACGUGAGCCUGCAGGUCAAGCUGACCGGGUCAACUCUACAGGAUGUGGUCUCACAGGUCGUGAUGACCAGAGCUGUUGCUCCCACAGGUCAAGUGACUCUAUCUGUUGUUCAAGUAACCAAAGGUUCAGUAGAGAUCACAUGGACUGAGCUCAGCUGUCCAGAGAGAAAAGGUACUGACUUGUUCUACUAUGUGAAGCUUUCCAUAACCAACUCCCCUCAGAGUGGUUUCCUAGCUGAGAAUGUCCAUGGUAACAGAUAUUCCUGGGACACUUUGAAAAGUAACAUGAACUACACAGCCAGGGUUUCAGCAGUGAAUGAAGUAGGUCAAGGUCCUUACAGUGAGGUCAAUGUUCAAACACUUCAACUGGGACCAGACAGUAUUGAGAUCAAAAAUUUGACCUCGACCUACUCAAGUGUACAGCUAAUGUACCAAACUGCCUUGACCACUGGUCAGCUUGUGUAUCAGAUAGCCUACAGCCAGAGCUCCCAGUUCACCAGCUACACUAGUGUGAGAACUUCAAGUAGCGGAAAUUUAACCAUUGACGGUCUUACUGCUAACACAACUUAUUACUUCAAGGUUUGUGCUAUAGAAAACAACUUCACAGGACCAUACGGGUCCAGUAAACAAAUCCUCACAGUGGAGCUGAUCACAAUUGAUCUGGCCAACCUAACAGCUGAUUGUGUUGGAUUUACCUGGACUCCACCAAGUUCAAGGCUAAACACAUGGACAUACAAGAUGGCGCUUGAGAAAAUAAACCUGACCUCUGACCUCAGUGUGUACCAAACAAGUGUGUACACUUGUGGCCUUGUACCCUCCACACUGUACACAAUCAAGAUAACAGCCUACAGCAGUGGUACCUUGAUGACCAUUGGUGUCAGAAAUUUUACUACAGGCAAGGUCUUGAUUUAUUCUUGA